UCAAAAAAACUGCUUUAAAUUCAUCGUCACUCUCUCUCUCUCUCUCCCCUUUUGUCACUCUUCUUCUCCAUCAUCAAACCGAACCCUCUCUUCAAUGGCGGCUUCGUAGUUGAACUUCAUCUCUAAAAAUGGCGCCAUUUUUCUUCACUUCUCUCUUAUUCUUUCAAUUAACUUCACUUUUCAUCAUUUUCUUCACUAAUUUCGGAUCCGACGCUCAACUCAUCCCUCAAAUUGAAGUGAAAACUCUGGAAAUAAUAUCUCAAAAAUUGGAGAAUACAUACUGGAAAGUCACUCAAAAUUCCUGCAGUGAUGGAGGUCGAAGCUUCAAUAUAAGCAUCGGUGUCAACAUUUUAAGCAACGUUACCUGUGAUUGUUCAUUUAACAGCGGCAAGAUUUGCCAUGUCACACAUAUCCAGUUGAAGGGUCUAAAUCUUACUGGAUCUUUGCCUGAAGAAUUCGGAGACCUUACUCAGCUGCAAGAAAUUGACCUCUCUAGAAACUAUGUUAAUGGAACGAUCCCUAAAAGUCUGUCGAAGAUCCCACUUGUCACUUUAUCACUGUUGGGGAACCGGAAUACUGGUCCCAUUCCGACAGAAAUUGGACAAAUUUCCACCCUAGAGGAGUUGAUCUUGGAAGAUAACCAACUAGGAGGACCAUUACCCAAGAGCCUUGGAAAUUUGAAAAGUUUGAGAAGAAUGGUGCUUGCUGCAAACUUUUUCAAUGGCACGAUACCUGAAACUUUUGUCAAUCUGAAGAACCUUACCGAACUAAGACUCAGUGGAAACGUGCUAUCUGGGAAGAUACCUGAUUUUCUUGGCAAUUUAACAAAUCUUAACUCAAUUGAUAUUCAAGGCACUUCAUUGGAGGGGCCUAUUCCGUCUACCAUAUCCAGUUUGACAAAUUUGACAAUUUUGAGAAUUUCAGAUAUCAAUACUAGAAGUUUUCGCAUCACUUUCCCAAACCUGACAAACAUGGCGAAUCUACAAUAUCUGGUACUGAGGAACUGCUCAAUUACUGGUUCAAUCCCUGAUGUUAUUGGAACCUUGGCAAACUUGAAGCUUAUGGACCUCAGUUACAAUCAGUUGAGUGGUCAAAUUCCACAGUCAAUGGAAAACUUGCGAAGACUUGAAAAUCUGUUCCUUACAAACAACUCAUUUUCCGGGACAUUACCAAGUUGGAUAUUAAACAGCAGGCAUAACUUCGAUGUGUCUUAUAACAAUUUCACAGGCUCAUCUCCAGCUAGUUGUCAGCAGUCAAACGUGAACCUUGUUGCUAGCUAUUCAUCUGCAAAGAGCAAUUCAGUAAAUUGGUGCUUGAGGAGGGACCUUCCAUGCUCCAAUAAGCCUCAAUAUUAUUCAUUGUUCAUCAAUUGUGGUGGAACUAAGUUGAGUUUCCAAGGGAAUAAUUAUGACGAGGAUUCUUCUCCUGGAAGCCCUUCCACUUUCUUCGCUGAUGGUGAAAAGUGGGCUUAUAGCAGUACUGGAGCUUUUCUUUAUGAUGACAAUGGCAACUUUUUGGCAAUGGAAACAUCCAACCACAAUGUGACAGGCAUUUACCAAACAGCUCGCUUGGCACCAUUAUCACUUAAAUAUUAUGGCCUUUGCUUACUACAAGGAAGUUACAAAGUGAAACUCCACUUUGCAGAGAUAAUGUUUUCUGAUGGACAGAAUUUUGGCAACAUUGGCAGGCGUUUUUUUGAUGUAGCAAUACAGGGGGAUGUAAAGCUUAAGGACUUCAAUAUUGAAAGUGAAGCUGGAGGGGUAGGCAAGGCGGUAGUUAAGGAGUUUGAUGUCAAUGUAACUGGGAGUACUCUUGAGAUUUACUUAUACUGGGCUGGAAGAGGAACUACAGGUUCUCCUGACAGAGGUGUAUAUGGACCUCUUAUAUCUGGGAUUGCAGUAACACCUAACUUCAAAGUUAACCAAGGGUUGUCUGCUGGAGCCAUUGUUGGAAUCGUGCUUGCUUCUUGUGCCAUUCUUGUACUAGUCCUGGUAGUUCUAUGGAAGAGGGGUUACUUUGGUGGGAAAAGCGAAGAAAAUGAAGAACUCCGAAGGCUAGGUACGGGAUAUUUUACCUUGAGGCAAAUUAAAACAGCAACUGAUGACUUUGAUCACAGAAACAAAAUAGGUGAAGGAGGUUUUGGGCCUGUGUUCAAGGGUGUACUACCAGAUGGUAAAGUGAUUGCUGUGAAGCAGCUUUCUUCGAAAUCUAAGCAAGGGAAUCGUGAGUUUGUGAAUGAAAUAGGCAUGAUCUCUGCUCUCCAACACCCGAACCUAGUGAAGCUUUAUGGGUGUUGUAUUGAAGGAAAAGAGCUGUUGCUCGUAUAUGAAUACAUGGAAAACAACUCCCUUGCCCGCGCACUGUUUGGUAAAGAGAACCAGAAGUUGCACUUGGACUGGCAAACAAGAAAGAGGAUAUGCUUGGGAAUCACAAGAGGGUUAGCAUAUCUUCAUGAGGAGUCAAGACUCAAGAUUGUUCACAGGGACAUUAAGGCAACAAACGUGUUGCUUGAUAAAGACUUGAACGCUAAAAUAUCAGAUUUCGGUUUGGCAAAACUCGACGAAGAUGAAAAUACCCAUAUUAGCACGAGAAUUGCCGGAACAAUAGGUUAUAUGGCCCCUGAAUACGCAAUGAGAGGGUAUCUAACAGAUAAGGCAGAUGUAUACAGCUUUGGGGUUGUCGUACUUGAGGUUGUGAGUGGAACUAGCAACACAAGUUAUAGGCCAAAGGAAGAGUUUGUUUAUCUUCUUGAUUGGGCCUAUGUGUUACAAGAACAAGGAAACCUCUUAGAGCUUGUGGAUCCAACUCUUGAGUCGAGUUACCCAAAAGAUGAAGCAUUGAGAUUGCUGAAUAUAGCUCUUCUAUGUACAAAUCCAUCUCCUAGUCUUAGACCCGCAAUGUCUUCAGUUACAAGUAUGAUUGAAGGCCAAACCCCGAUCCAAGCACCAAUUGUGAAACGUAGUGGGGCAAACGAUGAUUUAAGGUUUAAGGCUUUCGAAAGACUGUCACAAGACAGUCAAACUCAUGUGUCAGGGAGCUCGAUGUCUAGCCAAGUGCAGAGGAGCAUAUCUAUAGAUGGUCUUUGGUCAGACACUUCAGUUUCCAUGCAAAGCAAGGAUGGGAUCACUGAAAUGUCUGUCUCAACUUCAAGGCUACUUCCUGAUGAUGUAAAGCUAGAGUAACACUACCAAUUAUUACUACACUCAGUUUGGUGGGUUGGUGCCUGUCGUUGCUGAGCCGUGCCAUAGCCACAAAGCACAUCAAGGUGCUGCUCAUAAAUCAUAAUUACUGCAAGUGGAGAGAAGAAAGCUCAUGAAAUAGUUACUCAUCUGGAAUUUUGAUUUCUGUAACAUGAAAGAUGGUGGGCAUUUAACUUGAUACCCACUUGGUACUCUUAUUCUGUAGCAUUGUACUUAAAGGAAUAACACAGUAUAAGAUUUCUGGAUUCUCUGAACCUUUGAGAACUCAUUCUUUAUCAAAGGACUGGACACACCAGUGGAUAUGGUUGUUUUCUUUUCUUUUUUUGAAUUCUUGCGAUAAUUCAAGUAAAACUGUUUUUGAAAUUGUAGAAAGAUUUAAACC